UGAAUCUUUGGAUUUUUUGAAUCAGGCAAAUCUCUGAGGAGAUACGAUUGAUCUCCCCAUAUCCCUCUGUCUUCCCCGUCAUAAAUGCUGGCUCAGCAUUUGAGGGACGUGACAGCUAAAGCCGGCGCACGUUAUGCAGAAGGGACGUUAAGCGUGUGCCACGUGUGGGAUGCUAGUUGGCGCGUCAGAAACACGCGUACGGCAAUUAACACUACCAUGUCCUUCUCUGCCGAAACGCUCCUGCUUGAAGAACAGCACACCGAAUCGACUUCGCACCAGUUUCAGGACUCACCGGAAACAAUGGCGCCUGAGAGAAGCGCCAUUUCGAGCGCCAGGGAUGAUGAUGGCGACCACCGUACUGCGUCGUCCAACAGCUCGUCUACUGAAGAGGCACCCAACCGUGAAGAAGGAAUGGGAGAGGUGGUGAGCAGUGUCUCAGAUCGGCUGGCGAUUGGGGAAUGGGAAAGAACGACAAUCCCGGGCAGGUUGAGUAACCUACGAAAAGCACCAAAGGACCUGCUCGUUGGAUUCAAUUUCACGGCUGCACUUUAUCACGAAGUAGCAGAUUGUGCGCCCUCCAUAAGUGGGUAUAAAAGACUCAAGGAGAUGGUGAGGGUGUACCACAUCCCCAGGACCAUAUUGUUGCGGACUGGCGGGCAGAACGAAAGGGCGUGCACAGUGUCGCAAAUGAGCUGGAUCCCAGUGUAUGCGGACCACUUUGACGCCGGCCUGCGGUUUCCCCUGCCCGGAUUGGUGUUCGAUCUGCUGGCGAAUUACGAGCUGGCGCUGACGCAGCUGACGCCCAACAGCAUAAGGUUCAUUAUCGGCUUUAUGCUGUUGUGUGAGCGAUUAGAGGUGUCGGCCAAGGCGAUCGUGUUCAGGUCGCUGUUUCAAUGCCGGCUGUGUCCUAACUCCCAAGGCGCGAAGUGGUACUACCUCUCUGGGAGAGACAAAAGCCAGCUGUUCAAGAAUGUCCGGAAUAAAGUGGCGAGGUGGAAGAGGCAAUUCAUAUUUGUUCGCGACACGCGAACAGAGAGGAUAAGUAACGACCUCGCUGCCUGGCUAUCAGAAUGGCGCACUCCAAACACCCAUAUCAACUACCCCCAGCUGCUGCCUCGGGAUGUCGAUCUGAAGAACCAGCUGCUUGAGUAUGCGCAGAGGGAGGGUCUUAUAGAUCUAGAAGCCCUGGUUACCUCGGAGCAGCUCGCUGUGUUCGGGUUUGUUGAUGUGACAAACCUGUUCAGCGAAGGUAUAUUUUCAUCAUAUAACAUGCAUUCUAGCCAAGCUGAGGCUUAUGCGUUUGUUUGUGCAGGUGAAAUGAGCAGCAUACUGGAAUGUCAGCGUCAAUGUGCCCAGAGCUCCCGAGGCCGUGGGGCGAGCAGCGCGCAACCUCGGGGAUCUAGCUCGUCGUCUAGGCCACGAGCAGAUCACAAAGCUGAGGCUGCGGCCUCGGGCACGCGCAGACGUGCCCGCGAGGAGACAGAGAGCGAGGAGGAUGAGAUCCCCCUUUCUCGGCGCAGAACAAGUGGGGGGACUCAGCCUGCACAGGCGGCUCGUCCUGUAACCGUGCGUUCACCGAACGCACCGUCAACGACUAUGCAGGCAGCAGUGGAGCCCACCUCUGCAUCGGCCUCGAUGGGCCCCAGGAUUGCUUAUCCUGAGGGCUUCAGCUAUGUGCGGGCAGAGUGUCAGCCUGCCAUGGUGCAGGCCAUGCACAGCUUUGUGCCCCCCCUCAGAUAAUAAGCGGGCCAAAGCUUUUGUGCAACAGUAUGGCGGUCAGGUUGCCAUGAUCAAAUUGAUGGAU